AGGUGUGGCCGUUUUGGGUGCAGAACGCAAGGUAUGGAUGUGUUGCUAAUGUGCACAUUGAGGCGAGUGCACGGUACACAUCUCCCAGAGAGAUGAAUGAGGCGAAUAGAACUUGAUGGAGCUGACUGGUCACCUAAGGCACCUGUGGCGAGCAGCCUUGCCCCUGCAAAUUCCAGACCGGCAUGGAUGAGGAAAGAUCGGCCUCACACUCAAAAGCAAUUUGUCUUUGAAAAGCCAUCAGAGGUGGAGCGCAGAGUUCCUGAGGCAGGUGUGAUAGACAAGCCUGGUGUGUAUGAGCUCAGCAAAGGACCAACUGGCAUUUCUAGGAUUCAUUUGAUUCCUGGCUUUAUUGACUCAGAACAGGCAGACUGGAUGUUUGAACAACUCCUCCAAGACAUACCCUGGGGUCAGCGAACUCACAUCAGGCAGGAAGUAUCUUUUGAGGAACCACGGCUUACAUCCUGGUAUGGGGAACUUCCUUACACCUACUCCAGGAUAACAAUGCAGCCAAAUCCAAAUUGGCAUCCUCUGCUGACCGUGCUGAAGGAGCGCAUUGAAGAGUUCACUGGCCACACCUUCAACUCUCUUCUCUGCAACCUCUACCGAAAUGAGAAGGAUAGUGUGGACUGGCACAGUGACGAUGAACCAUCGCUGGGAAAAAACCCCACCAUUGCCUCACUCAGCUUUGGUGCUACUCGGACCUUUGAGAUGAGGAAGAAACCUUCCCCUGAAGAGAAUGGAGACUAUACUUAUGUAGAAAGACUAAAAAUCCCCCUUGAUCACGGGACUCUCUUGAUGAUGGAAGGAGCUACCCAGGCGGAUUGGCAGCAUCGAGUGCCUAAGGAAUAUCAUUCUAGAGAUGCACGGAUAAACUUGACCUUUAGGAUCAUUUAUCCAGAAUCUGAUGGAGUUUGGGAGUGAAGAGGCACUUGGACAUCGUUGGGUGUACAUCCACAGCAGAUCCAGACCCUCAGAUUGCCACAGAUUCAAAGGAAGCCUUACAGGAACAGAGUUCCACGAAAUACAUGAUGGGGAAAAGAGUCGCUAUUAUGAAGAUCUCUGGCAAUCAAAAGCUGCCUGUGUUACGUGGACAGAAAUUACAUGCUGUUACAUGGUAUUGAAUUGCAGGCUUUAAGUUUGUGAAACAACAAUGAUUGUUCUUAAAAGAACACAAAGCACGUGAAAGAUUUGAGAGGUCCCAUCUGGAGCAGAAAGAUUCAGUGAGCAGAUAGUUUUGCCUCUUGUCUUGACUCUCCUUUACCCUUAAGAAGUGAUCUUUGAGGUAAUGCCAAGAUGGGUUUCUUUGAUGUAAAGCCAUCUCUGUAUGUGUAUAGCAAUGAUAAAGCUGCACUUGGUGAUGUUCUCAAAGUAUUACUCAUUUCAUCAAGAGGCAGUGCAUUGCUGUUUAUCUGUAGGUUGCAGAGUCUUUUCCAAUUAAGCAAUCAGUUUCAUAAUUUAAACAACUACUUGAAUUAUACCCGUGUCUCCUAGAACAGAGGACCAAGGCUCUUUUCUGCCACGCACUCUGUGGUCAGACUUUAUCCUGUUUAUCCAUUUAGAGAGGACAAAGCAAAGGCAAGUGACAGAGACCUUGGCCAUGAGCCUUAUCACUCAGGUUGGAGCUGCCCAUGGCUUGAGUAUUAGCAGUCCUCCAUCCCUGCUGGCUUAAAACUGUUACCUCUGUGUCUUAGGCGGGAAAAUAGACACAAAGAGACGGGAAAAAAUUACUUGCAGAAUUUGCUAAUAAAUUCUUGGUUUAUUUUUUGUUUUUAGCAUGACUGAGUUGUGGCUUCCAUUGAUUUCAGGUGGGAGAGAAAAUGUCAUCAUCUCUAAAAAUUAGGCUUGUGCUGCCAGAUUUGAUACCUAGAAGAAUUGGUCCAAAUAUUUGGAACUAAAUUAUUGCAAAUCUACACUAAGUAGAGUGUAGUAGCACCAGGCACAAUACUCACAUUGGUGCUACUACUCCUAGGUCAGUGCAUAUUGCAUUAAAGAAUAGUACUUGGAGGGUUAUCUCUUGAACCUCUGCUGUUACAGAUCAGCAGUCAGCACCUCAGGCCUGAUUCUAGGUUGACUUGAUGGAAUUCUUGAAGUUUGCCUGCAUCAGGUGCAACUCACCUGGUGGUGGGAAGCAGUGAGCUGGUGACUGCAGUCUGGAUGUUAAGUCAGGUGUGCUGCCUACAUGAUUAAGUUCUCACUGCAGAUAGAUGGUAUCCACUGUACAGGAUUAAAACAUAGGUUUGGUCUGUCUUCACUGUGCCUGAAGUAGAAUUUAAGCACAGGUAAAUACUCCAUGCCUUGUAACAUGUUAGCUUUGUUAAGCAAGCUAAUAUACCUCUUUAGGGUAAGAAUAAGCUGGUGUUUAUAAAAUAUCUGUCUUUUUUUAGCCAGCAUUUGCUGUGGUUUAAAUUCUUACUUGAUGAGAACAGUCAAGUUAUAAAUACUCAGUUAUGCCUAUGUUUUAAUGUUAUUGAUGACCUAAAGGACAGGCUGUUGAGCCAUUUCAGUCUCUGUGAUCUGAAAUUGGGCAUAAUCAUUUUCUAGAAUCAUUUUCUCUACGAUAUAUUCUACACUGUACAUUAUUCUUCUAAAAUGAAUGAAUGUUAUUAGAAAACUUACUCUGUUAUCUAAUGAUGUCUUCACUUUCAUCUCAGUUUGUUCAGAAGUAUACUUUUGGAGUAUAUGUAAUGUUAAUUCCUUGAAUUUUAAUCUAAGAUCUAAGUUCUGUGAUGUAUCUCCUGGGAACCACUGUUGAAGGAAGCAGACACUUGCUUCCAUGUUUACUUUCAUUGGGUCACUGGAGCUUUGUGCACAUCUCUGUACAUGUGUCCAGGUUUGGCAGUCCUGUCAGAGAGUGUUUUUCCUUAACCAAGGGACAGUGCUAAUUUCUCCAGGUAUUCUGAGAAGGCAACACUUUAGCCUUUAUCAGUUCAUACAGGCCACAUUUAUUUUCACUGGGUUAAGAGCUGUCAUGGUUGAAGAGAGCAUAGGAGAUGGGGACAAGUCAGGAACUCUUAACCCCCUCAAACCUCAGCCUAUGGAAAUUGCAACUCAUUUGAAUUCGAUGAAUCUAUGGCACAUAACUGAUGGUAGGCCCUGGAGGCUGAUGCUGUGGAAGAGCAGUUUUUCACUUCCUUUCUUGGUUUCAGUUUAUAAUGUUUGCAAAUUAUAGUUUAGUUUCUUUACUUCCUUUGAUUUGGGAGAAGGCCAAGUUUUCCUUUCCAACAAUAAAAUGAUUUAUAA